AUGAAACCAACAACUACUCCCCGGCCCAUCACUGUCCUCGGUGCAGGCGUGCUGGGCCGUCGCAUCGCCGCCGUCUUCCUUGCUGCUGGAUAUACUGUCCAUACCUACGAUCCGUCUGCGGAGUCUGUACUCGCCGCGACGGAGUAUAUCGAGACUCAUAUCGAGGAGUUCGUGGCGCUUGUUCCGUCGAUUGCGGACAAGAUGAAUACAGAUGUGGGUUCGGAUUCAAGUUCGGAUUCCAGUACGCUUAAAGGAGCGAAUGGGCAUACGUUUACAUGUACUCAUACGUAUACGAAUGGGGCCGUCAACGAGAACGGGACUGUCAAUGGAAAUGGAAAUGGUACAACCAAGACACAGCCGAAACCAGGCCAGCACGAUACCUUCACGGAUCUCCGCGCCGCAGUGACAGACGCAUGGCUGGUCAUCGAAGCGGUUCCGGAGGUACUCGACCUCAAAACGAAGCUCUUCGGGGAGGUGGACGACUGCGCGCCUUCGGACUGCAUGAUUGUCUCCAAUAGCAGCUCGUACAAGUCGCGGCUGAUGCUGGGGAAAGUGAGUGAUGAACGCAAGAAACGGGUCGCAAACAUGCAUUUCACGAUGCCCCCGGACAUCCGGACGGUGGAGUUGAUGACAUGCGGAAAGACUGAGAUGGGGAUGUUGGAGAUGCUGAAGGAGGUGUUGAGCGGGUGUGGCAUGUUGCCCGUGAUUGUGGGAAGGGAAUGUACUGGAUUCGUCUUCAAUCGCCUCUGGGCAGCCAUCAAGCGCGAAAUCCUGACCAUUCUCGCUGACCAGGUCAGCACUCCCGCCGAGAUCGAUAUGCUCUGGGAUAACAUGUUCACAAAACCUCAAAGUCUGCCUUGUCGAUUGAUGGAUCUGAUAGGGUUGGAUACGGUAGCUUUCAUCGAGGACAACUACAUCCAGGAGCGCGGACUGGACAGUCGGCCUGUGGACUGGUUGAGAGAGAAGUAUAUCGACUCGGGACGGUUGGGCCUGAAGAGCCAGGAGGGAGGGUUGUAUCCUCCUACUGACCCUCCUUCCUCAGUCGAGGUCGAGAAGAAGUCGAACGGAAUUAAAUCUAAUAGCGCUCAAGCCAACGGAGCCGACCAAGAAACUGUAUACGUCCUCGAUGUCGGCCUCGGCGCCAAUAAUGAGCUCUCCACCUUCAACUCCGCCGGAAAAAUCCUGCGAUACUCGCCUGCUACGGGAAAGAGGGUCCCGAUUGUGCAGGGUCAAUCCCUACCCGAUGGGAUCGACAUCUCGCGGAAGGCGGACCGAAUCUUCUGGACAAGUAUGGGCCGCGCCACACACACCUGCGACGGAGCGGUGUAUUCUGCCAACCUGGACGGAACGGAUAUCAAGACUCUGCUUCCGCCAGGGAGCGUGCACACACCCAAACAGCUCGUGGUAGAGGAGAGCACGGAGAUGCUGUACUUCUGCGACCGCGAGGGCAUGGGCGUGCACCGCGUGCGCUUCGACGGAACUGCCCACGAGACCCUGAUCCAGACGGGACCCACGACAAAGAAGAACCCCGACGAACCAGUCGACAUGACCCGCUGGUGCGUUGGAAUUGCCGUCGAUAUCACUCGCGGUUACAUAUACUGGACGCAAAAGGGCCCGAGUAAAGGAGGUCAGGGGCGGAUCUUUCGAGCGCGAGUGGAGAUUCCCGCGGGCCAGACGGCGGAGUCACGUUCUGACAUCGAAUUAUUGCUGUCGGGUCUGCCCGAUCCGAUUGAUUUAGAAUUGGAUGUACGCACGCAGAUCCUGUAUUGGACGGAUCGGGGAGAACAUCCUGUCGGGUGCUCUUUGAAUCAGGUGGAUGUGAGUGGGAAGGUUGACCCGGCAGAUCGCGUGAUCCUAGCAAGACAUUUCAACGAACCCAUUGGGUUGAAACUGGCAGGUCAAGACCGAGUGUACGUGGCAGACCUCGGGGGACGGUUUUAUUGCGUGGAGAAAGGGAAGAAGAGGGUGAUGUGGGAGGACGAGGGGAGCUAUACGGGGAUAGCGAUUUAUUGAUUUGUGCGGGGGGGAGGCAUAUGACGGGUAAAUCAAUAGUCAAUAAACUGACAGACGAACGGACGAAUGGAAGUUGAAUGAACAGAAU